AUGACCGACGUGGGGAUGCCUAGCUCACAGAGCGGUCCCCGAAGCAGUCACGCGACAGUCCUGCAACCAUCGCUGCCGCCACGCCUCGUUCAGGUGAGGCAUGCCAACCCGUCUGCAGAAUCCAUGAUGGACUUGUCUAUCAACCGUCGCCCGUUUUACGACACGGAGACGCCGCCGGCGCAGACCGAUGCGGACGAGGAGCGCGGCUCGCAGGAACCGCUGGCAGCCAGCUCAGGUGCCACCCACCAUUAUGGUGGAAUAGAACUCUCCAUGGAUGGUGUGACGCUGCGCAGACCAAAGCCUUGGUGGCUGCGGCGCCGCAUGGUGACACAACUCGACAGCUGCAGUCUACGCAUCCCCUCAGGCUCGGUGCACUGCAUCACGUCCCUCAGCUCCACGUACAGCCGCUGCGCACUGGCGGUGUUGGCAGGUGCUCGCGCUGUCGCACACGCCGAAGGGGCGGCGCUGACGAAUGCGUACCCGACUACGGCGCUCCGCUACCGCCGUCAAGUUGGGUAUGUGACCUCGCUAGACGGCAUUCUCCUGGAGGCUACUGUGUUUGAGAAUCUGCCCUUCGCCACCCAACUCCGGUUCCACGUGGACGCACAGAGGGGACGGGAGCUGAUUCGCAAAGCAGCGGCGGAUGUGCUGCUGACGGACUACUUGGGCAUCCGCGCCUCUCUGCUAAGCCCGGCUCGCCGGCAUCUGCUGGCGCUCGCCAUGGAGCUUGUGGCGGAGCCUAUCGUUCUGCUCCUUGAAGACCCUCUCUCGUUCUUCUCGCUAGCCCAUCUGCAGCUGUUUGUUCGCAUGCUGCACCGCCUGCGCCACCGCAGCCCAAGCGGCACCGUUGUGUGGAGCGGCUCGACGAUUCCGUGGACCCUCUUCGACGACAUCGACAGCCUCACGCUGCUAAGCACGGACGGCAGAACAUUCUACACCGGCCACAAGAAGGAUGUGGAGGCCUUCUUGCAGGAGGACCUCGGCUUCCUGCGCGUACCCGGCGAAGCCGUUGUGGACAUCAUGGCCCAGACGGAGGUGGACACGGCCGCCGUGACGCACGCGUCCUACUUGUUCUGGAACAGCCGGUACCAUCGUCAGCUGCAGCAGGACCUGCAGGCGCACCGUGCCCGCAUCGCGAUGAACGCCUUUGCCACGCUCCCCGACACGACCCGUGCCCCUCCCCGCUACCUGCGCGUACAGUGGCUUCUGCUGGCGUACGCGCUGCGUGGCAACGUGCUGGGUAGGGUGGCGCUCGUGCUGUGGGCUGGACUCUUUGUUGUCAUUCUUCUUGUGUGCGCUCUCGUGGCGCUUACAGACGGCGAGGAGAAGGGCAAUAUGCACAACGUGCGUGGCGCGCUCUUCUUCUUGCUCUCGUGCUCUGUCCAAAUCAACUCCAUUUUUGUGAAGGCAGAGCUGCGGAACUGGCGUAUGUUUCAGUUGCUCACGAAGAACCUGUACAUCUCCGUCACCCCCUACUUCGUGGCCACGAUUGUGCGUGUCGCUGCGCCGCGUCUGUGCUUCGCGCUCGCUGGCUGGAUCUGCGCAGCUGUCAUUUUCCAGAAGGCCGCUGUCGUGUCCCUCGGUAUUACGAUGGCGCUCACCAGCUUCACACAUGCCUGUCUCGGACUCGUGGCGGUGUAUUGGUUUCCGCGCUUCGUCUACCUGCUGCUGCUCAAUCAUAUCUACUACGGCUACUGCGUCAUCAGCGGCUUUCUUGUAAACCCCACCUCCAUCCCGCGGUUUUUUCAGUUUCUCUCCAUUCUUCGUAUCGGCUACGGCGGCUUGCUGGCGGCAGAGCUGCGCAGCCGCACCUUCGGCUGCGACUCCGCGUCGUCGGAAUCCGAGAUGGAGUCUGGUAGAUGCAUCAGCAGUCACGCCAGCGCCGCCCUCACCCCGUCCGCACCGUGCUACACUGGGCAGCAGUACUUGUAUUUUAUUGGGCUCUCGGACGACAGUUGGGGCAUGUCGGUGCUGAUUCUGUUGGCGCUGUCUGUCGGUAUCACGAUCACCUUGGGGCUUAGCAUGCACAUCACCUCCGGCGCAACGCUCCUCUCCUCCACAUGA